UAUGUAAGUACUAAUUAACCACCUAAUUUGAAGUUAAUAAUUCAUGGGGUUUUUACUUAUAAAGAGACCAACCAAGUUUUUACUUAUUACAUACAAAUGAGGAAAAAUAUGGUUGAAAUUCUCAAAUUCGUUACUGUUGUUUUUGUGAUUUUUCUUUUUCUAAUUGUUCUUGUAACUAGUGAUAGUGAUGAUGAUCCUAUGUAUUGCUCUACUAAUGAAGAAUGUGACACAUAUAUUUGUACCAAAGGUCGUCAAGUUUCAAUGUGCGCUUGGGUAAUUUGCAGAGAAGUACUAAACAUGAGUAGGCCAGGAGACUGGAACUGCAGGGCAUGCCAACACAUGAACUUUCAAAGGCGCGAAUCGUGUCAAAGAUGCGGAGAUUCGAAAUACGGAGACAGAAUUGAUUAUGGAUCAGUAUUUGGAGGAAUUAGAGGAGGAUCUUCAUUUGGUUUAAGUGGUUCAGAUGUUCGUUUAGGUGAUUGGUAUUGUGGUGCUGGUAAUUGUGGUGCACAUAAUUUUGCUAGUCGAUUAAGUUGCUUCAAGUGUGGUGCUUUCAAAGAUGAAUUAUCUGGUGGAGGAUUUAACAAUAGUGAUAUCUUGCUUUCAAGAGGUUUUGGUGGAAGUACAAGACCUGGAUGGAAAUCUGGUGACUGGAUAUGCAACAGGUUAGGAUGCAAUGAGCACAACUUUGCUAGUAGAAUGGAAUGUUUCAAAUGCAGUGCACCAAGAGACACCUACUAGAAAUGAGAUUAUCCAAGCAAAAAAAGACUAAAGAUGCUACAAGAUUUCUUCAUUAGUUAUUAUGGGAUAUGUUAAGGCCAGUGAUUUUGUAAAAGGUGGUUUGAAAUGCCAUGUUGAAGAGAGAAACCACAUCCUUUAGGAUCUUCUUUAGAUUCCCCUUAAAAAAAUUACAACAAUGUUGUUUUUGUGCUUUAAACUAUUUUAUUAUCUUUGCUCUUUGUGUUAGAGAGUUCAUUUUAUUGUAUGGUCAUGGUGCAUGUUUUUGUUAAAUGAAGAUUAAUUUCUCC